AUGACAACCAAUUCAGGUCGACAGCCUCGAAUUCGCUCUGUAGCGGUCAAAUUUCCCAGCUUUGGAAAAGGUUUCCCGUUACUCAAAGAUCUAGAUCUUUUGUACUACCGAGAAUACGCAAGCCAUUGUGAUACGCCAGCCUAUCAGUGCCUCGUCAUGACCCCAGACUACGCGAGUCUCGCAGCUCAAGGGGGGGCAUCAAUUGCCGUGAAAGACAUGGUGGCUUCUAAGGUUUGA